AUGCAGAUCCAAGCAACGAAUGAGCUACCGAAGUGCGGUGCUUACCACGCAUCUCACAAAGAACAGGAAACGAAGCAAAGCCGGGUGCUAUACGUCGUACACGCGAUCAUCUUGUUGAAAUCAUCGAUACCCCAGUACGAUAUUUGUAAAAUGGAGGCAAAGAAGAAUCUACUCUGUGCUCAGCUCGAAGGCCGUGAAUCGCCUGCCCCGGAAAGUCAGACCGCCGAACAGCAGGCGCCUUUUUGCUGGGGCAGAAUUCCUCGCAAUCUGCAGCAGCCAGCAUAUAAUUCGACAGAGGGGAGCUCUGAUCCCGUCAAGCCCUUUGUGUUGGAAAGCAACCCCGUCCAUCCUCUGGAGGCGCCGUUGGCGGCGCAAUAUGCGCAUGACAAAAAGCGGAGUAUCUCCGAAUGA